AUGGCUAUAUUCUCUCGUGAUUCCUCUGCUAGCGCAUCCUCUUCCAGCCCCCGCUCAUCAACCUUGAGCCACUCCUCCGGACAUCGGAAGUUUGGAGAUCAAUCUUCCCGCUCAUCCUUUUCCUCUAGGUCAGAAUCUUCAAUGGGAAGCUCUCGCAGACGAAGCCUCCUGCACCGUACACCUGAGGAUCCCUCGAUCCAAGCGGCUCGUGAGCAGGUCGUUCGUGCGGAGAGCGCAGAGCAGGAGGCAGACAGGGCUUUGAUAGCGUCCCGAAGAGCGGUUAAAGAGGCCCGUGAUCAUGUGAAAUAUCUCGAGCGUGAAGCGGCUGAAGAAGCUCGACUUGCAAGAAUUAAGCAAGAGCAGGCUAAGUCAAUUUCCAAGCGAGCAAAGCCUCUCGGUCGUCAUUUGUAG